AUGAAUGUUUUUGCCAAAUAUUUUAUUUUGCAUGUAAUCUUGGUGGUUGCAGGUGGUAGCGUAGUACCGGAGAGUAUUUUAGGUCUGUCUAAAGAAGUUGUGUUAAAUUUAUUAGAAUUUCAAGUCUUAGAGUUGAUGUAUUUUGAUGUCUGUACAAUUGAUACAAAAUUGCGUCCGAUUGGGGAAAAAGGGGAAAAAGGAGUUUUAACUCAUACUACUGGAGACAUCGAUGCGGAUGCACUAAACCAUAAUCUCCAAGAUUUUGGAGUUUUGGGAGUUUUACCAGGUCCGAUUGGGGAAAAAGGGGAAAAAGGAGUUUUAACUCAUACUACUGGAGACAUCGAUGCGGAUGCACUAAAGCAUAAUCUCCAAGAUUUUGGAGUUUUACCAGGUCCGAUUGGGGAAAAAGGGGAAAAAGGAGUUUUAACUCAUACUACUGGAGACAUUGAUGCGAAAAUAGACAGAUACAGAACUGGCCUCGAAGUAAUGCGGGAUGACAUAGAAAGACUGCGGACAAUGGUUAAAAGUUUUGUAAGUAUAUUUAUCAUGAGAAUGUUGCCUCCCCACUUUAAAAAUGAUUUGCGUGCACAGUAGAAGCUUUAUGAUGGCUAAUGUGUCAAAAAUACUGCCAAAGUCAAAGGAAGGUCUAAUCGCUAAAAUUGAACCGAAAGGUUAACACAUUUUUUGUAUCCCGUCUAAGUAGGAUCUUUAUUUUUUGUCAAACCGAAU